AAUUAUUAUUCUUCCAUAAUUUUCUCUUUGUUUGCAAGAAUUGAACCACCAACCGAAUAAAGCUACUAGCAUACACUCUAACUUUAGAUGGAGUCUAUAAAACAACCUUUCUCUCUUCUUCACUCUUUUUUACUUAUAACACUCUAACUUUUGAUUUGUUCUCUCAAAUCAAAGAACAAUCUUUCUCUCUUCUUCACUCUUUUUUACUUAUAAAAACAAGUUUCGUUUGUUUAGAUCUGUGAAAGGCCAAACUAUAGAGCGCUAACACUUUCCUUGUGACACUUCUGUUUUUCAGAUCUGGGUAUAUGUGAAGGUGGCUGCCGGAUUUUCUUUUCAUAUCUAUUUUUCUCGAUUUAGAUUUUUCAUUAUGUGAGAUUUAGACCCGUAAAACCCGGACCGAAAAAUCCGUUUACCGACAAACCCGCUACCCGUAAAACCGAAGUAGAAAAAAGGGUCGAAAUGGGUUUUUUUUUUUUUAUGCUUUUUAAUUGGAAUCCAGAUCUGUGAUUAUGUGCUUUUUUUUAAUGGGUCGAAAAGUGUAUUGUCUAUGAUUUUCUCCGACGGUAAUUUCUUUGAUUAAACAACUUCUCAUGGCAAACCCAGGACCAAUUGUAACUGAGGACAAAGAGGAGCGCGGCGUGGAGGAUCAAGAAGAAUCAGGUGGAGAUGCUCCAGUCAUUGAGUUGGUGGAAGUAGGUGGCCGACUCGUAGAGGUAGCGGAGGGAGGUGGAAGGGAGGUGGGGUCGGUGACAGCUGGUGGGGAAGAGGGAGAGAGAGGGGAGGUGGCCGAGGGAGGCGGAGGUGAGGUUUCUGAGGACAAAGAGGAGCGCGGCGUGGAGGAUCAAGAAGAAUUAGGUGGAGAUGCUCCAGUCAUUGAGUUGGUGGAAGUAGGUGACCGACUCGUAGAGGUAGCGGAGGGAGGUGGGGUCGGUGACAGCUGGUGGGGAAGAGGGAGAGAGAGGGGAGGUGGCCGAGGGAGGCGGAGGUGAGAUUUCUGAGGACAAAGAGGAGCGCGGCGUGGAGGAUCAAGGUAUUUAUUUUAUGUGUGUUCGGAUAAAUUAAUUUUAAGUAAUUCUGAUUUUGUAAAACUGGGUUUUAGUUUUUAAAUGUAAAGAGAUAUAUUUGUGUUAGCAAAAACGCCCCUCAUUUACUUGUCAAUAAGAAAGAAUGACCUUCCUCUUAUUGAUGCAUGUUGUGUUGCUGGUGUACUAUGACAGAAGAAUCAGGUGGUGGCAGAAAGGCUUAGUGAAAUUAAUUGCAUCAAGGACAUCUUCUCGUGGCAAACCCAGGACCAAUUGUAAUCGAGAAGUUCCAUGCAUCAAAGUUAUCAGACUUAAUAGGGGAAACUGUUUAGAGAUUUGUCUGUAGUUUUGUUUGGUUCUUAUUGAUUUCUAGUUCCAACCGAUGUCAUGUAUAGAAGAAAGUCAAUUAAAAAUGAAAGAAAGAGAGAAAAUUGACUUGGUGAAUUGAUUAUAUAUAAUAUAAGCAGAUAUUAAUUUAAUAA